GCGCCUGCGCGGAUCAAAAUCUAGUUCUAAUUAAAAAAUAAUAAUAGCUAUGUCUAUUUUUCAUCUAAUGGUGAAUUUAUCUUCUUCAUUUUUCAAUAAAAAUCCAAGAUAAAAGUAGAAAGUAAAAUGAUAAUCAUAUGUAAAUGGUAAUUGGCUUUCCAUUCAGUUAUGCUUCUUCUCCACAUUCUUAGCGAUUAAUGCAGUAAUUUGCCUUUGAUCAGCAGGGCCAGUGUUCAGCUGGACGUGAUUCAUCAUUUUUGGAGCGUUUUCUAAGUUCGGUUUUCUUUUAUUAGUCUGAGCUCAUUUCAAUACCAUUUUUAAUCCUAUCUUAAUCAAAACUCAAAAAACUAAAGGCCCUUACUGAAGUCAUUUGAUUUCAGUUUGAAAGAUAAUCGAUAAAGAAUUUGAAGUCGUAAAGCCCAAUUGAUAAGUUGGAUAUACGUAAAAUCUAUUCAAAGCCCACCCAAAUGGCGAAACCUUGACUAGUCUUAAUCUUAACUACUUUUUACCAUCUCUCGAAAAUGUCUUAAUACUUUAUAUACUUAAGUAACGCCCCCUCGAUGUGGAUCCAAUUGAUCUCAAAACAAAUUAUUUCCGGAAUAAACCGAAUGAUGAUAUUUGUUUAAAACGUAAUAUAAAAACGCUCUCCCUCCCGCUCUCACGGACUCCAAAGCAAAAGGCUCCAAGAAUCUCUCCGACUUCUCAUCUUCCGCCUGUGUCACCGUCGCUGCAUCACCAUCUCCGGCCACCGUUGGUGGAGAUGGGAAGAAUGUUCGAGAUAGAACUCGAGGGACCCUUCUACACAUGCAUAAAGUGCCACACACAUCUCGGACUCCCCAAUGAUAUCAUCUCUAAGGAGAUUGAUCAGUUUGGUCGUUACGAAUAUGAGUUCACUAGACUCUUCAAUACAUUUCUGGGUGAAAGACCGUUCAAUUCUGCUGUGAAAGAUAUCUUUUGUGUCGGUUGUUCCAAUAUCAUCGGCAUUUAUGGCGUAACUGGGGGUUCUUACUGGGUUUUGAGGAACGAACUCCAUGGACCGGAAGGAAGCGAUGAUGAGGUUUAGGAGUUGGUAUGUGUUCAAGAAAAAAAAAAGACAAUUUGAAGUAGAAGUAUAUGUUCUUCAAUUUCAUAUUACUCAUUUACUUUGUAUAGUGUGUGAAUAGUUUCAUGAUUAGAUCACAUAUUCAUGAAAAAUCCGAGAGACAUGGACUGGUUGAGGGCAGAAGCUGGUACCAACAAGACAGGAAGCUCAACAGGGACCAGCGCCCCUCUGAGAACCACCCCCCACAAAGAAACAGAGACACCUAUGGGAAACACUUAUCACACCGUGACAACCAUAGUAGAAGGUUCCAACCCUAUGGGUCCAGCCGUUACUCAAGGGGAGCAGGAGGAACUAACUCACGGAGUACAAAUUAUAGAGAAGUGUACAGGCCUCUGCAGCCUCCGAUCAACCAAGCCCCUCCACCCCCGGCCUUACCAGUUCGAGACAGACUGUCUCCUAGAGAUACAGGAAGGAUUGACUCGAUCAGAGAAGAAUCUAGCUCCUGCAAAAGGACAACCCCUACCUCUGCAAAGGGGACUCCCUUGAAUGAGUCGAAACUAGACCAAACAACUGAAGCUCUGAACGCAGCAAGAGAGGAACUCAGAGUUACAAUGACCCAAUACAUCUCGUGUACUGAUCCAGCUGAAAGUGCAGCACGUAGGGAAAGAGUGAGACAGGCUGAGCAGAAUGGCAUAAUAGAAGACUCUGUUUCUCAGAUGGCGCGUGCAGCAUUAGCUCGGCAUCAAAGCCCGAAGACCUGUCUAAAUAGCCCAGACAGAACCCCAGCACUCCAUCGGCUAGGGUCUUUAAACCCCCAGGCACAAGAAACAGAAAAUAUUCUUACCGAGAGCCCAAAAAGAACUCCAGCUCUUCUUCGCCUAGGCCAAGCAAGUCCCCCUAACCAACUACCUAAUCCACCCACAGAAUCAGCUCCUGUUAGGCGUAAACCCGGUAGACCACCGGGCACAAGGAAAGGUGCUAGUAGCCCCAAAUCCUUGGUGGGCUAUAAUUCCCGAAAACGCAAGGUUCAGCAGACAAAACCUCCAACUUGCAAGCGCAAACUCUCAGUGAAAACGGGCAACGUCUUAGAGGCAGGGCCGUCCCGCCGGAAGAAUGGGGAUUCCCAAAAGAAGGGUAGACAGAGAUCAACCCCUUCUAACUCGGACAACCAGCCUAUCUGCAAUAUGAUACCAGCUACAACAAAGAGGAAGAAGGCGGA